AUGCAGUCUCGUUUUGGGGCCGUCCUUUCACCGUCAUUGCAGUCCAUCGUGGACAAAUACUCAAACAUGGCCGCCGAUGCAUCCGAAGGACAAACACUGGAUGAUUAUGGUUUUUCCUUCCCAAGGCAGCAACUAAAGGACGCGCUAACAAGACUCCUGGAGUCACCGGUGAAGCACGUGAAAGCGCCAAAAACCAAAAUCAAAAAAGACCUUAAAUUCCGGUCCAAAGAGGCGCGCUUACUUAGGAGUCUAAACUAUUCAGACGGCCACGCCAAGACACUGCCAAGGCGACGCGUCUCCCACUCCCACCGGGUGAUCGCCUCCUUGGAGGACAUCGAAAACGCCCUUCAAAGGCACGCCAAAGCACUGCUUAGCCCCUCACCGUCCCUUCAAGACAAAUCGCCGUUUCGUUGUGAUUCCGUGCGGCAUCCGAGGCCAGUGGUGUGGGAGGAUAGGACCUGCAGUCCCCCAGCGCUCGUCCAGCACAAUCGUCGCAGCAGUUCACUGCCGUAUGUCACCACGCCGGCUUGGUUUGUGCCCAACAAAGCCUCGUCCUCCAUUCUCACCCUCCACCGUGAUAACCACGCAACCCCGCUGUCUACCGAGCAGUUGGAACGGCACUCCUUCUCCACUGGGGGUCCCCUGCCCUGGAAGGAUCGUGUUUCAGCCUGGCUCGACUCUCAACGACCUGGGCGGUAG